AUGUCAUCCACGGGCAUCGAGCGCGUCGGGAACCGCGACGGUCUCCCGAACUACGGCGGCGGCUACUCCGAACACGGUCGCUUCCCCGAUGAAAAGGGCGUCGGCGAGCCGUAUGGCGAGCCCUUGGACGUCGGAUUCCGCUCUUCUCUCGAUUCCGGCGACAAGGGAGACCACACCCACCGCAAGCUCAAAUCGCGCCAUAUUCAACUGAUUGGCAUUGGCGGCACAAUUGGAACCGCUCUUUACGUCCAAAUCGGAAGGGGUCUGCUCAACGGCGGUCCCGCCAGCUUAUUCCUCGCCUUCACAAUCUGGUGCACUUUUAUCCUGGCUGUGACCCUCAGCAUGGCCGAGAUGGUCACCUACCUCCCAAUCUCGAGUCCCUUUAUCCGCUUCGCCGGCCGCUACGUCGACGAGGCCUUUGGCUUCGCGGCCGGCUGGAACUUUUUCGUCUUCGAAGCCGCCCUCGUCCCCUUUGAGAUCGUCGCCUGCAACCUCAUCAUCCACUUUUGGAGCGACGUCGUCCCGGCCGGAGGCAUCAUCGCCAUUAUCCUCGUCUUGUACGGCAUCAUCAAUGUCAUGGCGGUCCAGUGGUACGGCGAGACCGAGUUCUGGGCGGCGCUUGGCAAGUUCUUGCUCAUCGUCGGCCUCAUCAUCUUUACGUUCAUCGUCAUGCUGGGAGGAAAUCCGCUCGGUGACAGAUUCGGCUUCCGAUACUGGCAUGAUCCAGGCGCGUUCACAGAGCUCUACUACAGUGGCUCCCUCGGCCGCUUCCUCGGCUUCCUACAAUGCCUCAUCCAAGCCUCCUUCACCAUCGCAGGGCCCGAUUACGUCUCCAUGGCGGCCGGCGAGGCCGAGAACCCGCGCAAGGUCAUGCCCCGCGCCUUCAACGCCGUCUUCUACCGCCUGACUGCCUUCUUCGUCCUCGGCUCCCUCUGCGUCGGCAUCCUCGUACCAUACAACGACGAGGAGCUCACUCGCGCCUUCAAGGACGGCCAGCCCGGCGCCUCGGCCUCUCCCUACGUCGUCGCCAUGAACCGCCUCAAAAUCAGUGGCCUGCCACACAUCGUCAACGCCAUGGUCCUCACGGCUGCCUUUUCCGCGGGCAACUCGUACGUCUACUGCGCCUCGCGCUCGCUGUAUGGUCUGGCGCUCGAGGGAAAGGCGCCCGCAUUCUUCAAGAGGUGCACGAAGAAGGGCGUGCCGGUAUACUGCGUUAUUGCCGUGUUACUCAUUGGCCUUCUGAGCUUCCUUCAACUAAGCGCAAACACGGCUGUUGUGUUGAAUUGGUUUGUGAGCUUGGUCACCGCCUCACAGCUGAUCAACUUCGCCUGCAUGUGCACAGCGUAUCUGGGCUUCUACCGUGCGCUCAAGGCUCAGGGUAUCAGUCGUGAUACUCUUCCGUACAAGGCCUGGUUCCAGCCGUAUGCUGCUUGGUAUGGCCUCACCGGCACCUUUAUCAUGACCUUUGUUGGGGGAUACACCGUUUUCCUACCUUUGGAUGGGUACUGGAGUAUCCCCGACUUCCUCUUCUCAUACACCAUGGUCGGCAUAUUUCCGGUACUAUACCUUGGCUGGAAGUUUCUCAAGAAGACCAAGAUCUUCAAGCCUGAAGAAGUCGACUUGUACCGUAACAAAGAGGAGAUUGACGAGUACGAGAGGACCUUCGUGCCCACACCUGCGAAAAAUAUCUUUGAAAAGAUUCUCGACAAGCUUUUCGGGUAA